ACACUGUGCCACUCUUGGCUACAGUCAACUCAACAGUCAGAGUCAUGGACUGGUUUGCAAUGUACUUCUCACUUCUGACAGCUUUGCUGCCUCUUCACAGCGUCUUCACGAGAGCAGACAACAGCACAAUUUUAGUCACUGCAGUCAACACAACGAGCGACAAUACAACAUCUAGCCCACCGGACAGAAACUCUACUACUAUAACUCCAUUCACUUCAACUGCUUCCCUCACAAUCCCAAACAGCACUGCUGCAACUACAUCAACAAGUCUAAACACUUCAGCACCUACAGUUGCUACAGGUUGUUCGGGUCCACCAGCUCUAUGUUGCCCAGGGCACAACAACUCCUGCAACAGAGGGUGUUACUGUGACGAGUACUGUGUGACAGCGGGUGACUGCUGUCCUGACUAUAAUCCAACCUGUAAACAAUCAAACAGUACAACACUUGCACCACUUAAUGUGACCACAACCUCAGGAUCCAGUCUUUCUUCAACAUUUUCUCCCACCUCUAGUAAUUCAGCUAUAGCGAUUGCUCACCUAAAAGUGUCCUUACUAUCUAAUUUUGAAACGAAAGAACGAGCGAUAUCAGAAAUUUCAUCACUUCUUCAGAGACUUGUGCAGCAGAGAUGUACUGGCUGUGCCGUGACGGUAAAGCCCGUGUGAGGCUUUGGACAAUGAAAGCAUGAAUUAGAAUGAAGCAACACGGUGAUGACAGACUCCAACACUCACAAUAAAAUCUAAUUAAACCAGUAAAGUUAACUGACUGUUUCAGAAUGAAUAAAGUGACAGACACUUUUUCUCAACUAGUAGUAUAUGCAUGUUUCUAAGUUCUUAUAAUCUUAAUUUAAGGCUGUAUUACACAGUUAUGAAUCUUUACCAUAUAUAGAGAUAAAAGUUUUUUUAGGUGGAGGUACAAGAAUUUUUUUUUUUAAAUAAAGUUUAGUAAUGGAAUAAUUUUUUAUUUUUUUUUAAAGAAAAAUAUUCUGACAAUCAUUUGACAGAAGAAUAACUCACCAUACAAAUCCAGUCUGCUCUGGUCAAGGAACGAGACACACUGCCAAACAUGUUUGCAUUAUUGUAUUUUUUUCUGUGUUAUAUUAAGUUGUGGAAGUUGAGCGGCUGCAAUACAAUUAUAACGCAUAAUUUAAAAUGUAAUAUUAGCAGUGCCGUUAGAAUUUUCCAGAUGAUAUGUGCUGUAAUUACAUUAAAGUAACUAACAUGUUAUAGAUCUGGUGUAAUUUCUUCAUUUUUUAAUUCCACACGUUCUCACUCCCAAAGCGUAACAUUUUAUG